UUCAUCGUUAUUCAUAGUUUCUCUCAAGAAAACACAUCUUGCAUAUACACAUUUUGUUCUUUGUAUCCUUUUCGUUAGAGAAUGUGUUUUCAAACCAUAAUAGCUCUGGUGCACUACAACGGUCGCGUCAUCAAUGACGAGCUUCUGUCAUCACGAUUUGUGAGCGAAGUUUCACGAUAUCUUGAAGUGAAUAACUUCAUGGCAGUAAAGGCUCUCAAACAAACAAUUCUUAAUUUGUUCAUUGCUUCCAAUGGAAAAUCAUACACCGUUGAUUUGUGUUACCGUUGUCCCGUGAAAGCAAAUGAUCAGUUAAAGAUUUCUUAUCGUACUGUGAUGAUUGAGGAUGACGACGAUGUAAGAUUCGUGAUUGGUUAUGCCAAAAAAUACGAACCUCACGUACAGCUUGAGGUCAUGGCAUUCAUCCGAGAAUACAUCGAAACAUCUGCUGAUGUCAUUUGGGAGCACUUGGAAAAACAGCUAGGUGAUUCAUUAAAUAUCGACAAAACACAGUCAGAAAGGGGUUCUGCUAUAUGAGACGAAACCAGUACAUCAGUGCAUACCAGUUUUACCUGCUAGAAAUAGCUGAUGAACUCAGUUGAAAUCGAAAAUGCACAACAUUUGCAGCUGCUUGUAAUAAUCGAUAUAACGCAUCACCAUUCUACACGUGAUUAAGAAAAUAAACAAAUUUAUAGCAAGUCACUAGGCAUUUUUUUUUUCUUUUUCUUUAAAAAUUAAAAAUAUAAAUGUUUUAUUAUUCAAAAUAUUUGAAUAUUGUAUAUUGAUUGUGACGGUAACAGAUCAAGAUAAAUGUCCUCCUCGUUCAUCCUAUAACAAACAUGCAAGGUUCAAAAGUUAUACAAUAAUGACAGAAAUCGAUUCUUCCUUCUUGAAUACAAAUGGCAACUACCAAAUUCAUUAGUGUUCGUUAACACUUUCAAUUUGAAAGUUUAGAAAACACUGAUAAAUUGUAAUACUAAAGUUGCAUGGCUGCCAUAUUUAUCCAAGAAAUAUGAAUCCGUUUCUUAUUAUUGUAUAAAUUGAAAUCUUCAUGUUAGUUAUAGAAUGGGUUAAGAAGACAUUUAUCUUGAACUGUGCCAGUCACAAUCCAUGUGUAAUAUCCAAAUAUUUUGAUUGAUAGAACAUUUAUAUUUAUCACUUUUAAGGAAAAAAAAACUAGUGACAUGAUGCUAUAAGUUUAUUUAUAUUCAUAAUCACAAGUAGUAAAAUGGUGAUGUGAAUGUAGAAUGUUGGUUGUACAUGAUAGGGUUUCGACCCCCAAAUUUUGUUAUAUGUAUACAUUAAUAUAUGAAUAUUUAAUUUUGUCAUGUUAUA